AUGAUUUUAUUUAGUAGGAUUUCUUAUUGCUUUUCAUCUGAGAAGAAGAUCCUUAGAUUCAUCAAAUCAUGUAGCAGUCCAAAAGAAGUUUAUUAAAUUUAUCACAAAAACCAAGAACAUUUUACACCUUUGUUAUUCCUAGAAGCGUUGAAACAUAUGAAUACAAGUCCUAUUAGAAAAAGAUUUGAUUUAAAUGAUGAUAUUGCUUUCUAUGAUGAAUUAACUGAAAUAUUCAAAUAAGUACCUAUGCAAGAAAAAUGGAGAUUUUGUAAUAUUUUUUAAUCUUAUUAUUAGAUAGAUGUGCAAGUUGCUAAAAUAGGAAGAAACAAAUAAUUAAUCAAAUAAUAUGGAAGUGAUUUAACAUGUAUAAGAGUUAAAUAAAUCGCCAUUUUAUUAUGGGGUUAUCAUAAAAAUGGUAUCAAGAAACCAAGAGUUGUCAUUCAUCUUAUAGAUUAACUUCAAUAAAAUUUAGAUGCUUUAAUUCCUGUUUCUGAAAAGACUGAUAAUAAUAUAUAACAAAAUCUUAAUGAUAAUUCAAAAUCAGAAAAUGAAGAGGAUCAUGAUAUCAAUUAAUUAGAUGAAGAUGAUGACUUUUUAGAAUAAUAAUUAGAAGAAGAUUUGUAAUCUGAAAAAAGAGUACUUAGAGACUAUAAAUUUAAAUUCAAAGACAUGGUUCUUAUUAUUUGGGCAAUUCAAGAUAUCAAACUAGAUGCUACUGCAUUAUUAAUAUACACAUUUAAAUUAGCCAUAAAUAAUUUUAAUAAAAAAGAACUAAUUACUAAUAGAUCAUUAAUUCUACUUUUACAAGCCACCAUCAAUAUCAAAGAUAAUAAAUAAAUUAAUGCUGUAUCCACUUCUAUUUUAUUUAGUAUCAAAAACUUGUUAUACAAAAUCUAUCUGAACAAGAUCUCUCAAAUGAAGGUAUACUUCAAUUACUUUUACUAUUAAGAACCCUAGGUUAAUUGAAGUAAAGUCCUGAAUUUGCUUAAAAAUUAGCUUAUAUUAUGUUAAAAAAUUAAGAAAAAUCAAAUCAACCAUUUUCAUCAAAGUUUGCUUCUAUAAUGAUAUGGAAUUUAAAUAAGUAAUUUUAAUAUUUUUAUUUAUUUUUUAGGCUUGGCAUUACAGAUACUGAUAUAUAUAACAAAUUAGGACUUCAUUUAACUAAAAGCAAUGAAUUUAAAGCUAUGGAUAUCAGUUAAGCCAUUUUGAUAUAUUCCAUAUAAUAAACAAAAUCUCCUUAAUAUUAACAAUAUUAAUUCAUUUUGAGAUCAUUAAUAAGCAAGGGUAAUAUGAUUAAGUUAGAUCCAAGAAGUCAAAGCAUUAUUAGAGAAUCUUUAGAAUAAUAUUAGCCUCAUUUGGUCAAAUUAUUAAAAAAAUGA